UGCUGGGUUCAAGCCCAAACCAGAUUGACACAGAAUAGCGAAAACCUAUGUACACUGGGAUUCUUAAUGUCAAAUAUUACAGUGUUUCACUGUGGGUGGACAAAUUCUCCCUGGUUCAGCUUGGUCACAGAAGACCACUUCUGGGAGCCACCAGGCUGAUGGGUUCCGACCUGCUGGACCUCCCACUCGGAGUCAAGAUCCAUCUGAAGCCCAAGUCCAAGACUGUCUUCUGCAGGGGAAAGCUGGGGGAAACGCUUAACGGGCCAUGUCCUUCUUUCAAUCUGGACGAUCCCUACAUCCACCACCCUGCACCACCAGUGCAAUACAACCGCCUGCAUGACCCCCACCUUCGGGACUACCACAAGCGCAAGGACAUCCUGCGGAUGCUGAAGAGACAGGGAGUCAUCACCAGUGACAACAAGGUCGCUUUGGGUGUUGGGCUGAUCAAGAACAGCCCUCUUCAAGCGGGGCUCCCACAGCCCUGGCUGCAGCCGCCUGCUGCUGUCAGAGGGCAGGGCUGCGCGCUGCUGUCCCUGGGAGCAGAAGCAGCACCAACAUCCCCCUGGCAGGUCCCACUCCUGCCCUUCUCAGCCUGCCCCACGCUGCCUGUUCAGCCCUGGCUGGGGGGACAUCAGUGGCCCCAACACCAGGAUAUGGGGGGAGGGCUUGGGGGCAGCUCCCCUCCUGCUGGGAGAAUUUUCAAGGGCCUGUCCCAAGCCCAGCCACACCCCAAGGCGGAGAGGAGAGCUGUGCUGCUGAGGACACUCUCCCCUCCGUGCACCCACAGUUUUCCCGACAGCCUGUCCCUCUGGAGAGUCCCCAGCCCCCUGCCCAGGCCGGAGCACAGCACAGAUCGGUGA